UAAGGAAGGGAAAUAAGGAGAAAGAAGAGCAAGAUACGGCCUGGGAUGUCGUGUACAGGUGACUAGUAGUCGAGCGAGCAGUACCAGUUUUGCUAGUUGGAAAACUGUAGUGCUAAACACGGGCAGAGCGGUACCAGCUAUUGGUUUUGGAACUUAUGGUGGACUGUGGUGAACUCCAGGAAACUAUCUAUUGUGUACGUGUGUCAUUCGCUUAUACUAUUGUACUAGGAUUGUUCAGGUCACGUUAUCGCUUAGUUCAAACUGCUAUAGUAUUGUACUGCGGUUAUGUU